AUGGGAAUUCUAGAGCCAACCUUGACUCCUUUCAAGGGAAAGGUCGUCACCGUCGCCGGCGCAAGUCGCGGGACCGGCUUGGCUACCGUAAAGUAUCUCGUCCUUCGAGGGGCGACAGUUUCCAUGUCGAGUUCCUCGCCAAACGGGAUUACAAAGGCGCACGCAGAGGUCCUACGGGAGUGCCCGGGAAGCGAUGACCGAAUCAUGGCAAUGGCAUGCGACAUCACAAAGUAUGAAGACGUUCAAGCCUGGAUUGCGGAGACGAUGAAGCGCUUCGGACGCAUCGAUGCCUGUGCCAAUGUGUCUGGCAAAGAGCAGAGGGAGCUCUUCCCCCUAACCGACCUUCCUAUCGAGUACUACAAAGAGAUCAUGGAUGUCAAUGUGGGCAGUGUAUGCAGCUCCUUCAGCUCACCACACUAUGGAGCAUACAUCGCAUCCAAACAUGGAGCUGCCGGUCUGACCAAGGCAGCUGCAUUUGAGGGUGCUGCGAGAGGUGUUCGUGUGAACUCUCUCAAUCCGGGUACAAUCAACUCGGAAAUGACCAGCACACCGUUCGAGCUCCCUGACGGUGGUACCUUCACGCCAACUGCGCAAACAAUUCCGCAACUGAUCAAGAGAAUGGCCGAACCUGAGGAGAUUGCCGCCUCUAUCUGUUUUCUGCUAGACGAACGGCGAGCCCGUGACAAUUUCACACACUCAGCGUACUUCUCAAUGGGGGUUGACAACCACAAGCCGUACAAAACCAGUCUCAACAACAAAUGCACUGCCAAUCUCAUCGACAAGAAGCUCAGCUUUCGCAUCUUCAGGAUGGCGGAACACUACGUCGGCGCGGCCAUCUACGCAGAAGCCCCCAACGAGCUCAUCCGCAUCCUCCAAAGCCACGAGAACCAACUGGACACCAACAACAGCAUUGACGGCAGCCACCUCUUCAUCGUCUUUGACGAAAGAUCGAUCCUUGUCAUCGACGAGGGAUCGGGCCCUGACUCCCACACUACCAGCAAACGGCACCUCCGCAAUUUCGGACCCUUUCCCGUCGUCUACCAGGAAGGAUCCAGGUCGCACACCCUCCUCAACGGUGCAACUUCUUCGUCAUCAACAGAGCCCAAGAUAAUAAUCACCACCCUUGGCAAAGAAGCCCUCAAACAUCCAUAUCCCGAAACGACGUCUUUCGCCCGCACAACACCCUUCAUCAUUACUACCACAUCGCCAGGAGGCGGCAACGAUCCAACGAUCGUCCCAGUCAUCUUUCCUUUCAAAGGGCCCCCCAUCAUCUGCUUCGGCUGUUUCCCGGGCAUUGAGUUCCCUCCAAAAUUCAAACUCACACUCAAGGUCCCCGAAUUUUGCAUCAAAAUCUUUUUCAUUGAGAUUGGCAACUGCGACAAGGGCGGAGACAAUGAGGGUGGUGACGAUAACGAGGAUGACAAAAAUGAUGAUAAAAAGAAUGACGAUGACAAGAAGGACGAAAAGACAGAGACAGAGGAGAAAUCCACGUCGACGUCAACCUCGUCUUGCACAACCACUGUCACUGCAACCCGUCAAAGUGUCUUUUGCUCCGUCACAGUCACUUCCAUCACGAGUGGAGGCAAUGCCAGACGCGACGCGCAAGCUGCCGCCACGAACUGUGUCACCAGCGCCUACACCACAAUCACCAGCUGCAGUGCGACGCCAGCGGCAACGACCGUGACAACCACAUCCACAGCAACCCACACCGACAUCCCACAACUAUGCAGACCCGGAAAAUGCGGCGGCAGGAGCGAGUGGUCCUUCUGUUCACGAUUACAAAAGAGAACAGCGGCGGAAGAGAUAUUGCUCGCACACCGGUCGUUGGAACUGGCCAAGCGCGGCUUGCCGGGUCACGGGUUCUGGUACGACCCAGAUGAGGACUAUACACCCGAAAACCGUGCCAAAUUUCUCCCCGAGCAAGUAAAUCAAAUCGGUGAGUGGCACGCCAUCAAGGACGAAAUUGGGCUUGAUAUCAGAGGCGGAUAUAUGCCGGAAUACGUGUCCCACGGCGACGCAGAUGUUGUCGGCGAAGAAAUGGGUGGCUCAAUGACGUCGAGUUACAUCCGCUUCGGCAAAGACGUCGGAGCAAUCGCGCUCGAGGGACUCUACGGCUGCACAUCCAUCGUUAUAGCCUCACAGCGUGGCGCAUGGGUCAGCCACAUCUGGGAGGAACAGCUAGGAGAAGAGGGGUCAUGGGCCCUCCUGAGCGAAAGGCUUGGCCCGCUACGUAAGGGAUAUCACGACAAAGCGCCACACGAUUGGGAAUACUCCGCGCGCGAUUUUAUGAUGUACGGUCUGGAAGACAUGAUCAUGAAGCCGGAUCUCGGGCCUGAGGGCGUUUUGUUUGGAGACGUGAACGAGAACGGGGACGACCCGAACCAGAAGACGCCUCAAGACAUCAGCGUGCGCGCUUUCAUCGUUACCCCGAAACAAAGGCCAGAAAGGCGGGUUGGGAUAGAACUUAUCCCCGACGAGGAGCUCGUGCUACCGGGAAAUCUCGCAUAUGAGCCUCAGGUCAACGGUUUGACAAGCAUCAUUUCUGAUAUCUUUGGAGAAAUUCCUAUUGAGGUGGUCGGAUAUCAGCCGUCCAAUAUCCCUUACGAUCUGUUCAAAUCUUGGGACAGAAGGACGAUUGAGAAAGACAGAGAACGUGGAGGGAGACCGGCGACAAAGGAAGAGGAACAGGAAUGGUGGGCUGAGAUGGAAGCGGAGGCGGGCGCCUGGCAGAAGAGGUUCUUGGCUAAAAGCACGCGGGGGAAGCUGCUUCUUCAAUACCAGCCCGCGGAUCCAGAUGUCUGCAGAGAGGAGGCUACAUGGCGGCUGUGGAUUGAGGACCACGAGGUCGGAGAUCGAAGCGACCAGUGGACCGCGUCCGUGGACCAGACUUUCGUGUGGAAUAGUGGUCCAAGUAACAGCAAGAGACGUGGCAAUGAGAGUUACCAUGCUCCCAACCCACUCCGACCCAGGCAGGGCAACACCGGCUGCAGUGCGAUGCCAGGCCACCCGACCCCGUUUCUAUGCCGGCCCGAGACUUGCGGCGGCGGGGACGGAUCUUCCUGCUCAAAGCCGCCAGACAGAUCAUCAGCGAGUUCACAGGAGCUCACACGGCGCACAGCGGAUCUAGAGAAGCGUGGGCAGACGGUCGAGGGUGAAUGGCCCGACCCGGAAGACUACGAAGGGGACCGUAGCAAGUUCAUGGUUGCCCAGAUGGCAGAGAUCAGAGACUGGGAGAUGAUCGGAAGACAACGCGGCACUGCUGUCAACAGUCUUUACGAGCCUCAGUACGUCGCGCACGGCUCCAGAGCCAACGUCUCCCCACAGUUCGCCGGCAUAACCACGUCCAAAUAUGUUCUUUUCGGCAAAGACGUUGCGUCAAUCGCGCUUGAGGGACUCUACGGAUGCACGUCCAUUAUCGUCGUGUCCCAGCGCGGCGCGUUUGUGAACCACGUUUGGGAGACAGUGUUCGCGUUUCCCAACGAGUGGAAGCGAGACGUGGAAGACGAAGACAGCGAACUGUGGAAAGGGCUCUAUUCAGUUCUUCCGACCAGCCCCUGGCGCAGGGUGGUGGAUUUUGCGAAGUACGGCUUGAAGGAUCUGGUUGGCAAGGAGCGCAUUGGGCCACCGGGCACUAUGUUUGGCGACGUGGCGACACCGGAUGAAGAUAAUAGGGACAAGAAAAGCUCUGAAGACCUCAACACGCGCGCUUUCAUUCUCACGCCCCGCGAGAAGCCGAAGCGAGUGGAGAAGUCUGAGGACGGUACUGAGUGGCUAUUCUUCCCAGACGAGGUUGCCCUUCCUGAGCCGAUCAACGCAAUGGAUGGCACGAUCGCAUACGAAGAUCAGGUUGACUUCCUGAAAAGUAUGGUCAGUUCUAUCUACGGCGACAUUGACGUGGAGGUUAUCACGUAUUCACCGCCUCUGAGUACGCUGCAGAUGUUGAUGGAUAAGUAUAAAAAAUACGAGGAGAGAGGCGGUAAAGACGCGCAAGGGGACGAGUUAAACAGGGAGAUUGAAGAGUUUAGCAGGUACCAGCGUGAAACCUAUGGGCCCACGCCGCGGGGAAAGCUACUUCUCCAAUAUCAACCCGCAGAUGCAGAGGACUGCAGAGACCAGGCGGCGUGGCGUCUGUGGAUCGAGGACCGCGAGUUAGGGGACCGAAGCGACCAGUGGAAAGCGUCCGAAGACCAAACCUUCGUGGCUCCGAAGGAUGACGAGUCAAGCGACGGCGAGGGAGCUGGAAGUGGAAGUGACGGUAGUCCUGCCAAAGUACGGCCCAGGCAGAACAAGGUCAAGGCAUGUCCCGUCUAUCAAGAAGAGCGGUGCGAAGUCUCUGACUGCGGCGACGCCUGUCCAGUCAUCUUGUGGAAAGACGUGGAGAAACCGACCUGGAUGACCAAGCGCGGCAUGCCGGUGGAGGGCGACUGGCCGGACCCGGAAGACUACCCCGAGGGCCGCCGGGACCGGUUCCUCAUCAACGAGUUCCAGAUCAUCACAACCUGGGACCCGAGCCCGAACAACCAAGACCUCGAGUUCUUUGGCGGAUACGAUCCGGUCUGGGUCCGGCACGGCCAACCGGAGCAUGUGGGAGUGGAGAUGGCGGGCAUGACGACGUCCAACCACGUUCGCUUCGACUCGCAGGUCGCGGCCAUCACUCUAGGGGGUCUGUACGGCUGCACGGCGGUGGUUGUGGUAUCCCAGCGCGGGGCGUGGGUGAGCCACAUCUGGGAGAACCAAAUCUACACCCAGAAAGAGUUCACGUUCCUGGUGAAUGAUAUGCUGCCCAAGGGAAUCGCCCCCGGCGAGCCUGGAGCGGAGUGGAUGAAGUUCGGGAUGAACACGAUGGUGGAGAAUCCAGACCGCGCUCCCGAGGGUGUGAUUUUCGGUGAUGUCAAGGACAAGGACGACAAUACGAAAGACGACGCAAAGUCGACCCAGGACAUUGGCACGCGCGCCUACAUCAUAGCUCCCCGCGUGCGAGCCGAGAGGUUCCGCAACGGCCAGCUCGUCCCCGAGUCCGAAUUCUUGAACGACCUGAACCACAACGUGGGCCAGAUACGGUACCCGAGCCAGGUGGGCAAACUCAAACAGAUCGUACGAGACAGCUUGGGCGACAUCCCCGUGGAGACCCUCGACUACUCGCCCCAAUCGCUGCCGAACCGCAUAGUUGAGAAGUACGAGACGCUCCGGAUGGAGAGGGUCCGGGCAUGA